GUAAUUUUACUCAUGGAACCGACCGACCCGUUGUCUCAAAAAUCAAACUGCCAAAAACCCUAAAGAAGAAAACACAAGUCUAUGGUUUCUCAGUCUUCCGGCAGUCCAGAACUCGAAAUCCAUAUUUCACUAUCUCCAGACAACAAUUGCUUCUGUUUCUCUCUCUAGACUCUAGAGAGAGGACCCCAAAAGCGAAGGAAGGAAAUCAUGGCGGACGUUAUGAUAAUGAAUGAAAUUGAGUCUCGGGCGGCCGCGGCUGGUAUUGAUCUCUCUCUCGUCGAUCUCAACUCCAUUCAGCUUCCUCGUGGCGAAAAUUUUGGAAUCAUUAGCGAUGAUGAAGAUGUUUACCAGGAAGAACAGCUGGAUUUUGAGACUGGCUUUGGUAACAUUAUUGUUGUUGAUAAUCUACCAGUUGUUCCCCGAGAAAAAUUUGAUAAGCUUGAAGGUGUGAUUCGGAAAAUUUAUGGCCAGAUUGGUGUAAUUAAGGAGGAUGGUCUCUGGAUGCCUGUUGAUCCUGAAACCCAGAAAACCUUGGGUUACUGCUUUAUAGAGUAUAACACUCCUCAGGAAGCUGAGCUAGCUAAGGAGAAAACAAAUGGUUACAAGUUGGAUAGAUCACAUAUUUUUGCUGUCAGCAUGUUUGAUGAUUUUGAAAAAUUUAUGAAAGUUCCGGAUGAGUGGGCUCCUCCUGAAUUCAGGCCAUAUGUUCCCGGGGAAAAUCUUCAACAUUGGCUUACUGAUGAAAAAGCCCGAGAUCAAUUUGUAAUAAGUGCUGGUUCAGAUACUGAGGUUUUCUGGAAUGACGCAAGACAGAUGAAACCUGAUCCUGUUUACAAACGUUCUUAUUGGACUGAGAGUUUUGUACAGUGGUCCCCCCUUGGAACAUACUUGGCAACAGUUCACAGGCAGGGUGCCGCUGUCUGGGGUGGUUCAAGUGCCUUUAAUAGGUUAAUGCGAUAUGCUCAUCCUCAGGUUAAACUGAUUGACUUUUCUCCUGCUGAGAAAUAUUUGGUUACCUACAGCAGCCAUGAACCAAGCAAUCCUCGUGAUGCAAAUAGGAUUGUGAUAAAUAUUUUUGAUGUACGAACUGGGAAAGUGAUGAGAGAUUUCAAGGGUAGCGCUGAUGAAUUUGCAAUUGGCGGAACUGGUGGUGUUACAGGGGUGUCGUGGCCCAUUUUCAGGUGGGGUGGUGGAAAAGAUGACAAAUACUUUGCCAAAAUUGGGAAAAACAUGAUUUCUGUCUAUGAGACUGAGACCUUCAGUCUGAUUGACAAGAAGUCUCUGAAGGUUGAAAAUGUUAUGGACUUCAGUUGGUCGCCCACUGAUCCCAUUCUGGCACUUUUUGUUCCUGAACUUGCUGGUGGUAACCAACCUGCCAGGGUGUCUCUUGUUCAAAUUCCCAGUAAAGAGGAACUAAGGCAGAAGAAUCUUUUCAGUGUUAGUGAUUGUAAAAUGUACUGGCAAAGCAAUGGGGAUUAUCUUGCUGUAAAGGUUGAUCGGUAUACAAAAUCAAAGAGGACCACAUACACGGGCUUUGAGCUCUUCCGGAUAAAAGAGCGAGACAUACCCAUUGAGGUGUUGGAACUUGACAAUAAGAAUGACAAGAUCAUUGCCUUUGCUUGGGAGCCAAAGGGUCAUAGGUUUGCUGUUAUUCAUGGGGAUAGCCCAAGGCCUGAUGUAAGCUUUUAUUCAAUGAGGACUGCUCAUCAUACUGGCCGGGUUUCAAAGCUUACUACGCUCAAAGGCAAACAGGCAAAUGCUCUUUUCUGGUCACCUGCUGGCCACUAUAUAUUACUUGCUGGGCUGAAGGGUUUUAAUGGACAAUUGGAAUUCUAUAAUGUAGACGAGCUUGAGACUAUGGCAACAACUGAGCAUUUUAUGGCAACAGACAUUGAAUGGGAUCCCACAGGGAGGUAUGUUGCAACUUCAGUGACUUCAGUUCAUCAUGAAAUGGAAAAUGGAUUCAAUAUCUGGUCUUUCAGUGGCAAGCUACUCUAUCGGAUACUUAAGGAUCAUUUCUUCCAGUUCUUGUGGCGCCCAAGGCCACCCUCCUUUUUGAGUCCAGAAAAGGAAGAAGAAAUAGCAAACAAUUUGAAGAAGUAUAGUAAGAAAUAUGAGGCAGAGGACCAAGACGUUUCAUUGCAAUUGAGUGAGCAAGACCGAGAGAAGCGGAGAAUGUUGAAGGAUGAAUGGGAUAAAUGGGUGAAUGAGUGGAAACUGUUGCAUGAAGAAGAAAAAUUGGAGAGACAGAAGUUGAGGGAUGGAGAAGCCAGUGACGAAGAAGAGGAGUACGAGGCCAAAGAAAUAGAAGUUGAGGAGCUGUUGGAUGUUGCAGAGGAGGUUCUUUCAUUUGAUUUUGGACAGGAAUAGACAGUAUUAACAUCAACUCGAGAGCUCAUACAUCUUCCUCCAUCCAAGAUUAAGAUUCUACUAGAAGCAUCGAAGUUGUCGAGAUACACGAAAAGCUUCGCCACAGGGAUUCGAUAUUUUAGUUUUGGUGUUUGAAUUUUGUUGUAGGGACUAAAUGGUAGUUGUUUUUCUUCAUCUAACAUCCCUGUGGAUUUGUAUUAAUUUCUUAAAUUUUGUUAGUCAUGAUAAGGAUUUCACUUUUAUCAUGAUGCUUAUACUUGUGGUUGAACUAACUAGUGAGAUGUAUCCUAUUUCUUCAGAUAAUUUUUUCUAUUGUCUCUUGUGUA